CAACAAAGGAUGACGUUUUCAAUUUCUGAAAGUAACUUACGCACCGGUGUAUAAUACAUUAAUAUUUAAUUGAACUCGCUGUGAUACUACUGGAUUAGAGGAGCGUUGUUAGGACAAGGGGACUGCGUAUGAAUUCAUAACAUUACCUGCUGAUCUAUAUAGACACACAGCAUUAGGAGGACUGGUGAUCCGAAUUCUGUAUAUCAACAAAGAAAUGGAGAAACUUUUUACAGUCAUCCUAGUUAGUGUAUUGGCAUAUGUGUAUUUGCAAUCAACUAAGGACAGCGACAGCAGAUUUUCAAGAAAACUGAACACAACCUACGACUACAUUAUCGUUGGAGCUGGAUCCUCGGGAUCAGUAUUAGCGUCUCGACUGUCGGAGGUCCCAGAUAAUGACGUCGUAUUACUGGAGGCCGGCGGAUCGGACGAGACAAAUCCGGACGUGUAUAAGCCGGGGGCUGCCCCCAUGUUGAUGAAGUCUGAGGAGGAUUGGGAGUAUUACACAGUUCCCCAGAAACAUGCUUGUUAUGCCAUGAAAGAUCAGGUUUGAGAUUCAUUCAGAUGACUUCCAAAAUUUUUGAUUAUUUACAG